CGCCGGGCCAUGCGCUGACGCCGCCGCGCAGCCCGCACCAAGGGCGGAUCCCGGGCAGGACACGCGGCGGUCACGUCUCGGGGCAGGAUGCCGGAGCAGAGCAACGACUACCGCGUGGUGGUGUUCGGCGCGGGCGGCGUGGGCAAGAGCUCCCUGGUGCUGCGCUUCGUGAAGGGCACCUUCCGUGACACCUACAUCCCCACCAUCGAGGACACCUACCGCCAGGUCAUCAGCUGCGACAAGAGCGUCUGCACCCUGCAGAUCACCGACACCACGGGCAGCCACCAGUUCCCGGCCAUGCAGCGCCUGUCCAUCUCCAAGGGCCAUGCCUUCAUCCUGGUCUUCUCCAUCACCAGCAAGCAGUCCCUGGAGGAGCUGAGGCCCAUCUACCAGCAGAUUGUGCAGAUCAAGGGCAGCGUGGAGAGCAUCCCCAUCAUGCUGGUGGGCAACAAGUGCGACGAGACGCAGCGCGAGGUGGAGACGCGCGAGGGGGAGGCCGUGGCCAAGGAAUGGAAAUGCGCCUUCAUGGAGACCUCUGCCAAGAUGAACUACAACGUGAAGGAGCUCUUCCAGGAGCUGCUCAACCUGGAGAAGAGGAGGAACGUGAGCCUCACCAUCGACGGCAAGCGCUCCAGCAAGCAGAAGAGGACAGACAAAAUCAAGGGCAAGUGCAGCAUCAUGUAGAGCCCCGGACUGGCCCCGGCCCCACUCCCGGCUCGCCCCUCUCCCCACUCCAAGUCCGGACGUCGGCGUUGAAGCUGGGCCCGUCCCCUCGCCCUCCACGCGAUCACUGUGACUGCGCCGGGCGGCAGCGAAGACGGGGAGCUCCGGGAACGCCGGGAGCGCCGGGCGGACACAGGGUGCGGA